AGGUCUGAAAAUUGUAGAAACAGAUUCAGUCGAAGUGGACAUCUAAAAGUCCACUUGAGAGUUCCCACUGGAGAGAAGCCUUACAUCUGGCAGAAGUGCGGAAGGCAGCAAACCUUCAAGUUCAAAAGAGAAACGUUUUGCCUGCCGACAAUGUGGAAAGUAAAAACUCCCUCUAGUACUACAUGAGAAAUCUCAAACGUUAAAGAUCUUUCAGCUGCCAACAGUGUGGAAAAAAGGGUCCCGACAAAACAAAAUACAACACAAGUGUGGUGAGUGUCACACGUGGAAACUAACUAAAGGAGAUUACAUUAGUUUUCAUGGGUAACACUGGUGUUGUUUUGAAAAGUGCUGAAAGUGAAGGAGUCAGGAAGGUGGAGGUUAAUACUCGUGUGCAAAGAUGACCAAUCUUUCAACUGAAAUUUAUGAAGGGAUUUUGGAAAGUAUCAGAGCAAUACAUCAUUUUGAGUCCUACCUUCAGACUGUGGAAUUAUAAAUGUGUAAUAUCUGGGAAUAUAAACUGACAAAGUUAUACAGAGUAUGUGUGUUCAGGCUUCCUAGUUGUAGACAGUAAUAUUUACCAUUGGGCAGGGUCCCAAAGUAAUGCAAAUGCUAAUUUCAAGGACGCUGUGCCUUAGGCCCCAUUUACACCGCCAGUUAAAUGUGACCCAAUUCUGAUUUUUGGCUCAUAUGUGACACAGAUCGGAUCUGUUCUCUGACCGUGUAAACACGAAAAAAAAAAAACAUUCGGAUAUUCAGAGAUCUGUUUCAGGCCUUCUUCAUAUGUGGAACAGGCAAAAAACAGGCAAAUCGGAUUUAAGGCAUUCCGUUUUGUACAUCAUUAAAUUUGCGACAGUGUGGUACUUCUCCGUGGUUUAACGAUGUAGUAAUGAUGUAAUGAAGGAAGAGCAUGUGUGGAGACGCCAACGCGGUAAACAACAACAGAGGAAACAUGGAGGAGGAUAGUGGUUAGUGGUCGACAGCAGAAGCUACCUGCCUUCUUGCCCUGUGGGGAGAUGAGUUAGCGAAGGACUCCAUAUAUAAACCAUAGGUACAAGCUGCGAUGACGGCCCUUUCCCUCCUCCUCCGCCUCAAAAUCAUUUUAAAGUUCGGCGAACUUCGCAUAUUUCGCAGAGCUAAAAGCAAGACAAUUUCUUCCAUUGUGGCUAGUGUGGAUGCUAGAACCCACCUUUACGCAUACACGAUGUCGUAAAUUGUAUGGCAAGUGUAAACGCGUAAAUCGAAUGUGGGUCACAAUUAAAAGAACGUGUAAGCGAACAGGCAACGAUAUCAAACAUAGGCAGCAAAUCGGAAUUGGUCAUCAAGACCUGACAGUGUAAACAGGCCUUUGUGUCUAUGAAGUUUGGGGCAAUACUGGUACCGUAUUGAUACCGUUAUGCUGAUGAGUUCAGGUCUGGGGAAGUCUGUCACCAGGCUGACUCUCCUGUACUUCAUUUGCAUGCUUUAAGAUUUGUGUCCACCUCUAUCUAUCACAUCCCGCUAAAAUGUGUAAAAUACAGAGCAACACUGCACUAUAUAGCGUUCUCGAUGACUGUAGUGGUGAGUUUUCAAUAAAAAUCCUGCUUCGAGAAA